AUGGGCAAAGAAGCAAUACGAGGCGCGCAGUGCGGAGGGCCGAUCCCUGCAGGGACCGGGGCCGGGGCUCCCAGCGCGGCCAGCAGCGCCGCUCCUGCCGGGGCGGAGGGGCAGGAGCGGAGCUCUCUCUCUCUAUCCCUCCACUUCUUUCCUGUCCAGGACCUCCUGCAGCCGCUGCGGCAGCUCCGGGAAGAGGAAGGGGAACCGAGCCUGGGAGAGGAGCCCGUGGCCGGGGCUGAGGACGGCGGCUCCGAGUGGGAGCUCCCAGGGGCUGAGAGCGGCCGGACGGGAGCUCGUCCUGGCCCCAGACCUUCCCAGCCAGCGGAGGGACAGAGCCAGUGGAGGAGCCCCCUGUCCUCCCUCGGACGGAGACACUUCUCCUGCCUCUUUGGGACGAGGAUGGAGAGGACCGGGGCGCAGACGGGGCUGGGAUGCGGCAGCACAGAGCCCGUUUCUGGAGCACAUGGAGAAGCCGAAGCCGGGACCGGCUCCCAAGAUCUUCCUGGAUCUCCAGGCCGGCGUUCAGCAGCCAAACCUUACCAGGCUGCCCUCACGGUCAGAGGAUACAGAAAUGCAGAGUGCUCGUCUCCCUCUGCUUUAAGGGCUCGAUCCUGA